UUACUACAACGUCACUUCUGGAUGUCAAUAUGCGGCUUGGUGCGGCGCUGGGUAACGGCGGAACCUCUGGGAAGAUGUAAACCAAGUAACCGGAGAAGACCAGCCUCAACGAACACAACUACCGUUAUUCCCUUGGAAACCGUCCUUUAAGAACCACACCGACCGGCUGCGCGUUUAGUCGCUAUCCCCCGAAGCACCGGAGCUCUCUCCUCAAAGCAGCCAUCUUUUGUGGGAGAAUGUACGGGGCGACGCGGCGGGCCUGCUCGGGCCGGAGUCUGCUGAUGCUGACAACCGCUCUCCUGCUCUCUGUUACCGGGCUGCUGUCUGGGCUGCCCAGCUCCACCGAGGCGAAGGAAUGCGACAAACCGUGCAUGAACGGGCAGUGCAACACCGCUACUGGCAAAUGUGUGUGCUUCCCCGGCUGGGUAGGGGACCAAUGCCAGCACUGCGGAGGGAGAUUCAGGUUGACGGGGCCCUCUGGUCAUCUGAGUGACGGUCCAGGGAACUACAAGUACAAGACCAAGUGCACCUGGCUGAUCGAGGGACAACCCAACACCAUACUCCGAUUACGAUUUAACCACUUUGCCACUGAAUGUAGCUGGGACCACCUGUACGUGUACGACGGAGACUCAAUCUACGCCCCCCUCCUCGCCGCCUUCAGUGGUCUGAUCGUGCCUGAGCGUUACGGGAACGAGACGGUCCCUGAGGUGGUGUCUCAGUCCGGCUACGCCCUGCUGCACUUCUUCAGUGACGCUGCCUACAACCUGACCGGCUUCAACAUUUCCUACAGGGUGAAUUCAUGUCCCAACAACUGCUCCGGCCGCGGCGAGUGUCUGAUGAACAACUCUACGGGCGCGGUGUACUGUGACUGUGAAGACAACUGGAAGGGGGCUGCCUGUGACGUCCCGUACUGCCUGGCAGACUGUGGCUUCCCCGAGAGAGGUCAAUGCCAGGGCAAGGUGUGCGUCUGCAACACCGGAUGGCAAGGUCCAAACUGUUUGGUCUCGGUACCGGCCAACUCCUCCUUCUGCACCCGGGAGGAGUACACCGACCCCGGGCUGGCCAAGGCUUCCCACAAGGCUGUGGUGGACCAGGGCAUCAUGUGGGUCAUCGGAGGCUACGUCUUCAACGCCUCCGACUAUCACGUGGUCAAAGCGUAUAACCUCAGUAGCAAGAGCUGGCUGACCCUGGACCCCUCCGUCAACACUGUGACGCCGCGAUACGGCCACUCUCUGGCUCUUCAUGAGGGGAGGAUCUACAUGUACGGAGGAAAGAUCGACUCCACAGGAAACGUGUCCAGCCAGCUGUGGGUUUUCCACAUCCAGAACCAGACCUGGGUCCUGCUGAGCCCGCGGGCCAAGGAUCAGUACCCCGUGGUAGGACACUCGGCCCACAUCGUGCCUCCCCUCCAGGAGGAGGACAGUCCCAUCAUGCUGGUCCUGUUCGGACACUGUCCUCUGUACGGAUACAUCAACCAGGUGCAGGAGUACAACAUCGUGAGGAACACAUGGAGCAUGGUGGCGACGGAUGGGGCCCUGGUGCAGGGGGGGUACGGCCACAGCAGCGCGUUCGACCCCAGCUCCAGAGCCAUCUACACCCACGGAGGCUACAAGGCCUUCAGCGCCAACAAGUACGGGCUGGCUGGAGACCUGUACAAGUUCGAGGUGGACAAGAUGAAAUGGACCAUUCUGAGAGACAGCGGCUUCUUCCGCUACCUGCACACAGCGGUGAUGGUGAGCGGGACCAUGCUGGUGUUUGGAGGAAACACACACAACGACACAUCCAUGAGCCACGGAGCCAAGUGCUUCUCCUCCGAAUUCCUGUCCUACAGUCUGGCGUGUGAUGAGUGGACAGUGCUGCCUCGACCGGACCUCUUCCAGGACGUCAAUCGCUUCGGACACUCUGCCGUCAUCAGUGACAGCGUGAUGUACGUGUUCGGAGGCUUCAACAGCCUGUUGCUCAGUGACGUCCUCAUGUACACGUCGCCCAGCUGCGCCGCCUUCUCCAGCCCGGUGUCCUGCAGUCAGGCCUGGCCCGGGAUCCAGUGUGUGUGGAACAGCACCCAGGAGAGCUGCCUGCCCUGGGAGAGCAGCGCUAUCGGAGGGGAGCAGCAGCAGCUCCCGGCCUCCUGUAACACACGAUCAUAUGCAGACAGUGAGAAGUGUGACCAGUACACGGACUGCUACAGCUGCACCGCCAACACCAACGGCUGCCAGUGGUGCUCCGGACAGUGCCUGUCUCUGGGGAGCAACUGCACCUCUGCCACGGGGGCCAUAGCAGAGUUGGAAGUUUGUCCCAAAGACAACCCGUCAUCGGUGUGCAACAAGAAAACUAGCUGUAAGAGCUGCGCUGUGGACCAGAACUGUCAGUGGGAGCCCCGCAACCAGGAGUGCAUCUCACUGCCAGGUAACGAAAACGUGUGUGGUGAGAGCUGGCACCUUGUUGGAAACUCCUGUGUGAAGAUCAUCACGGCGAAGGACUCGUACGACAACGCCAAGCUGGCCUGCCGGAGCCACAACGCCGUGCUCGCCUCGCUCACCACGCAGAAGAAGGUGGACUUCGUGCUGAAGGAGCUGCAGAUCAUGAGCGUGGUGUACAAGGCCUCUUUGACGCCCUGGGUGGGGCUCAGGAAGAUCAACGUGUCGUACUGGUGCUGGGAGGACAUGUCUCCCUUCACUAACACCUCGCUGCAGUGGCUGCCCGGAGAGCCCAGCGACGCCGGAUUCUGUGGAUAUCUGGCCGAGCCGGCGUCCAGCGGACUGAAGGCACAGACCUGCAUCAACCCGGUGAACGGCAGCCUGUGUGAACGACCAGCCAACCACAGUGCCAAGCAGUGCCGGACCCCAUGUGCCAUGAGGGCCAUGUGCAGCGAGUGCACCAGCGGCAGCUCCGAGUGCAUGUGGUGCAGUAACAUGAAGCAGUGCGUCGACUCCAACGCGUACGUGGCCUCCUUCCCCUUCGGACAGUGUAUGGAGUGGUUCACCAUGAACACCUGCCCACCGGAGAACUGCUCGGGGUACAGGACCUGCGGUCAGUGUCUGGACCAGCCGGGCUGCGGUUGGUGCACCGACCACAACAACACGGGCAGGGGUCAGUGCAUCGAGGGCUCGUACCGCGGGCCCUUCCAGACCGCGGUGCCGGCCCCCUCCACCCUGCCCGGCCUGCCCGCCAGCCCCCAGCCCGCCAGCCCCCAGCCCGCCCUCAACGCCAGCAUGUGCCCCAACGAGGCCAAAUACAACUGGUCCUUCAUCCACUGCCCAGCCUGUCAGUGUAACGGUCACAGCCAGUGUGUCAACGAGAGCGUGUGUGAGAAGUGCGAGGACCUGACAACCGGCCGGCACUGCGAGAGCUGCAUCUCCGGCUUCUACGGAGACCCCACCAAUGGGGGCAACUGCCAGCCCUGUAAGUGCAACGGCCACGCCAGCAUGUGCAACCCCAACAACGGGAAGUGCUUCUGCACCACAAAGGGCAUCAAAGGAGACCGCUGCCACCUGUGUGAGGUCGAGAAUCGUUACCAAGGCAACCCCCUCAAAGGAACAUGUUACUACACGCUGCUCAUCGACUACCAGUUCACCUUCAGCCUGUCGCAGGAGGACGACCGCUACUACACCGCCAUCAACUUCGUGGCCACACCUGAGGAGCCAAACCGGGAUCUAGACAUGUUCAUAAACGCCUCCAAGAACUUCAACCUGAACAUCACCUGGGCCACAAGCUUCAGUGCAGGCACCCAGACCGGGGAGGAGAUCCCCAUCGUGUCCCGGAGCAACAUCAAGGAGUUCAAAGACAGCUUCUCCAACGAGAACUUCGACUUCCGCAACAACCCUAACAUAACCUUCUUUGUCUAUGUCAGCAACUUCACCUGGCCCAUUAAGAUUCAAAUCGCCUUCUCGCAGCACAGUAACUUCAUGGAUCUGGUGCAGUUCUUCGUCACGUUCUUCAGCUGCUUCCUGUCGCUGCUCCUCGUGGCCGCCGUGGUUUGGAAGAUCAAACAGAGCUGCUGGGCGUCACGGCGACGAGAGCAAUUGCUGAGGGAGAUGCAACAGAUGGCUAGCCGGCCUUUCGCCACCAUCAACGUUGCCUUGGAGACGGACGAGGAGCCACCUGACCUGAUAGGAGGAAACGUCAAGUCCGUCCCAAAGCCCAUCGCCCUCGAGCCUUGCUUUGGAAACAAAGCUGCUGUGCUCUCCAUCUUUGUGCGGUUACCCAGAGGCACCGGCGGCAUCCCUCCUCCAGGACAGUCUGGUCUGGCGGUGGCGAGUGCGCUGGUGGACGUCUCUCAGCAGAUGUGUGUGGGCUUCAAGGAGAAGUCUGGAGGUCUGAGGAACCGCAAGCAGCAGCCCACCGCCCAGCCCUCCACCUGCAUCUGACCCCGCUGUCACUCCUCUACCCCCCACCACCCACAGCUCUCCCAUCAGCCCCCCGCUUCGGCUCCCUCUUUAGAGACUCAGAGGUGCAUGCUGGGACGCAGGACAUUUUGGUGAGGGGCCGAGUGGUUUGGCGGACUGGAGCCUCAGCGGGCUUCCCCUCCCUCUCCUCCUACAGGAACUAUGGGUCCCUGUGGACUAAAAGACAGAAACUGGAGCAGGAGGGAGGGCGGGACAGAGCGGGUGCUGACUUCACCCCGCCCCUCAAAAUGAAAAGAUUUUACAUUUGUCGACACCGCCUCGUCGUCGGACUCGAGGCGGCCGCGGCUUGCUGCUAGAAGAGAUCCUCGUCUCGUAGUUUCUGAAAAACCCAGAGACUUUGCAUCCCUCUUUAUUUGUGUUUUCCUUAAGUUAUUAUUUGUUGUUUUGUAUUGUUUGAUUUUAAAUUCAGGAACAAACUGGACCCUUCUAGCUGCGCAUGCACACACGAAACACACACACACACACACACACACACACACACACACACACACACACACACACACACACACACACACUAAAGAAAACAACUUAACAGGCCCUUGUACCCAUUUGUAGCCCAUUGUCGCCUGCUGUCAUGUUGCAGCUCAGCACUGAGGGUUCCUGUCGCCCGAGUCCUGUACAGUUUGGCCUCGGAGCGAGCGAACAGCAUGUUCAGUCUUCCUUUAAUGAGGAUCCAGUGCAGGAGUCUGGCCGUGCAGCCAAAGUCCAUCUAAAGAGUCUGUGACAUUUCUAAUGAGCCUCUGUGUCUUCUGCCUGCUUUCUUCUCUGUGGCCUGUCUCGGGCUCCGUCUCUCUCCCAAUCUGUGGCCAUUUGGCUACAAACCAACCAACCAACCACCUUCCCAGCUCUCUGGCAGCGAGGCCGGGUACAGAACAAGACCACAGCUACAUCUCUUCCACGCUGGCUGGCUGCAUCGUAAGCCAGCACCGAUUGAAACCUUUCCAGCUAAUUACUCGACCGGUUGCAGUGAAAGCCAAUGGCCCUGCACACACAGGUGCACACACAGGUGCACACGCAGCGCUCUAACACACCCAACCAAACAGUUGGUGGCGAGAAAUCUCCCCACCCCCCUUGGUGGGUAGCCAUUGUCCCUUUGGCAGUGCAGCGACUGGAGCUCAUGUGAAACAGGCUUCCCAUAGAUCCUCUGGCUCCGAUGGACUGCAGUGAUUAGGCUGAUCUGCGUGAAGGGAGCCUGGCGACGGUUCAGCAUCCUCUGUGAUCGUUGCCUAAGAAAUCCAUAGCAUCUAAUUGCUGUUUCCUUGAACCCAGAUGCAGUACAUGUCGUCGUCCCCCCCCCCCCUCCCCAAUGCCAGGAAUCCUGCUGCUCUUCCCCUGCCGUUCGAUAGCGAUUGUCCCCUGUCCCUGAGCUAUCUACAGCUGCCCAAUUAUCCCCCGACUCACUGGGGUCUGUGUUCAUAGUGGAGCUUUGAAUGCCAACAUAUACACUCUGAACGUUAAGCACACACACAUACGAGCAGAGCAUCUGUUUCCUCAUGUGCACCUGUGUUCAAUGCUACCUUCAAAUGGGCCACAUCUCAAGGAAGACUUUUGUGAUUUUAAAAAACAAGACGGGAAAUAAUAGCAUUCAAUGAUUUUUCGAACAAUUGCAUCUUGAAAGUGUCGCCCGGUCUUUUGGAUUUAUUCCUCUUAUGUGAAGCAGGCCCCAUUUUUUUACAAUUUUCUUUCCUUUUGAUUUCUGCUCUUUCAACAGUCUUUAUCUGAAAUCACUGGUCCAUUUUUAAAGAAACAUGACUUCUUUUGUCAACUUGGGAAAAUGAGGAAAAACAUAAAGAAAAAAACAAACAAGAGACACACAAAAAGAACAAGAAACUCAAGUUUAAAAUAGAGCUUUUUUGAAAUGUCACGAGUAAUUUCAGUUUGGUAAGGGCAUCAGGGUUUCAGAUCUGCCUUUAUUGCCUUUCUAUAAUUUCUCCUUCAGCGCUGAAUAUGAGAGCAGACUUUAAUUGGCUUAUUAUGGUAAUCUUUGCAAAAGUUACAAUAUAUACUAUAACACCUGCAGGUCUUUGACUGAAGGCAGAGGCAUUUACUGAUAUAGAAAAUAUGUUUCCUGCUGCCUCACAAAGUUAUUAACUUCCCGCCCUCAGAGAAGUACAGUAAUAGAACAAUUUUAAUAACUUGCAUUCGCCCUAAAUAAUAGCGUUGUAUUUAGAUCCCAGCCCUCACAGGUGUUCAGCAUACUAGAACUGCUCCGCGCCUGCUUAAAGGGCACACUUUUAGCACUGGGAAAAGGUCAGAGCAGGAAACAUGAACAAAGUUGACAUUCUGUAAUGAUAGAGAGCUGGGUGUGCUCACAGCUCCUCUCAGAGACCCAAGCCAGGGCUUAGGAGCCCACUCUGUUCACACUGGAGGCAGAGCACUUCACUUCUACUCUUCAUUAUCAAUCAGGGCGUGUUCCGCUCUUAUCUCCACUAGAGAAUCCUCUUUUAGCCAUGAUGCUUGGUUAAAGCUUAACAGUUGCUUCUGCGGAGACUCAAUGUGGGGAAAUAACAAUCAAUCAUCCGCUGAAGUGAGUAAAUCUGGUCUUCAGUUUGUCCAUGUGGUCACAAAUUGCAAGACAAAAGCUUCAUUAAUUAAGAAUAUUAGUUCAGUCAGGAGUCUUCUUCUCUCUUCUACCUCUCAAUUUGCAGCUUUGUUUCGUCUAGACAACCAAUGUGUUUGGCAGGUAACCAACUAUAGUUUGGAGGUGCUAUUUAAUUCCAAAAAUCUUCUUGGGAGGGACAAUUUUAGCAUGUUCAAAGAUCUGUGGCAACAAUAUACUUCAGCCUGGGCAGAGCUGGUGCCACAUUCAUUGACAUAAUCCCAAUUUUGAUUCAGUUAUUCUUAUUUCUUCCUUAUUUGUAAUUUUACUUUGCUCGGCAAAUUAGCAGGGCUUUAUUUAGGGGGGGAUGCCCAGAUUUAGAAAACAAUAAUGUGGGGCUCCAAGCAGCUUUAAAAAAAAAAAGAAAAAGCAAUAAUUAAUUUGGAGUAGAAAUAUGACUCUGAGCAGAGCCAAGGGAACAUAACCCACGGACACUCUAAGGCCUGAAGUGUACAUGUGUCACUCUUACUUUAACAGGAGCAGAUAUCAGAAAACAUCUCAUAUAUAUUUGUUUUCUGUAGGAAUAUAUAUUUAAUACACUAAUGUUCUCUUUCCAUUUAAAAAAAAAAAAUCCCAUUAUUGCAUUCACCGGUAACUGCGACACUGCUGUCAUCUCCUGUUGCAAGUUUUAUUUAGUUUCACACACACUGAGAUUUCAUUUAGCAAAGAAACUCCUCAGAUCUGUUUUUACAGCGGAUUCAAAUGUUCUGUGAUAAUAAUUUCACAAAGAAAGAAUAUUGUGUUUCUUUUCUUACCUUAAUGAAUGUAUAUGGAAAUAUGUGUGCAACCAAGGAAAAUCAGUAAGCUCACUUGGUGCGCUUUGUCAGCCCCAGGAGCCCAGAAACGCAGAGGUCAAAGGUCAGAACUCAUUAGAGCUGGUUUGCCUUGUUAAAUGUGUCAGAAAGGAAGAUGUGAGGUCACACACACACACCAGGAUCUCUUUCUGCUUGAUGGUUCAGACAAACAGAUUCUGGGUCUGAUAGUGUCUACACAUCCCUCUUUGUUUUUCCCUUUCAUUCGAGAUUAUUUCCACACUUCUUAACAGAGUUAACAGAAUGAUGAAAAACAAACUAUAUUGUCUGUAAAUACUAUUUGACCCAAGUCUUCUGUCGGCAGCCCCACACUGAGUACUUUGACAUGUCUGCCAAGUCUCACAGCAUUCAAAGUAAGUAAUAAUAUUAAAAAAAGUUGCAGUUUCAACAGUAAUUUAAGACUUCUGACCCCUGGUCCUCCCACACAGGCGCUUUCGUUUAUUUUGGGCUGAUUGCACGUCUUUUCAGAUAUGCGGGCAUCUGCUUGAUUGACAGCUCCCUCAUUGUGGGUUUAGUUUUGUUGCACCUGCUCAGGCGGGACUGAGUGAGACCUCGGUAAAGCCGGACAAUACGACCUGAUUUUGUCACAUUUAUCUUGAUAAUGAUGAAUAUUCUGUCCUAUUUUCUCCCUCAAAUCCAGACUUUUGCAAAACCCUCUCAGCCUGCGUUUUCGUCCUGGUGACGAGACAGAAAUCAAGUUGUUUGGCUCUUUAUAUUUGUGUUGCUUUUCACUACAUCUUUGUCGUUAGUUUGGUUUAUUGUACUGUUUACUGCUCAUGCAUUGCAUUGUAUGUAUCCUUUAGGUCUCAUUUCCUUUCUCGUAAAGCUUUAGUUUCUCGCCAUUUCGCAAUAUCGCAAGUGUCUUUCCCUGGUUUAGAGGCUGCAUGAGAGUAAUAUCCCAGCCCCAUCUUCAACACAUGAUCAAUGGCUUUUAAUUUUGCAAUGUUGGGGUCUGGAAAGCUGCGUGGGCAGGAUGACUUUGAAUGAUCAUAGUUCAGCUCUGUUGAGAUCAUCAGAAAAACGGCAUAACUGAAAAUUCCUGUGUGGGUGUGUCCGGUGUUUCGAUUCCAUAUUUUUAUCUAAAAAUGCAUUACUUUUCUUCAACUGCAGCUGCAAUGUAGAGGCCUUUCCUUCUGAUACUCCAUUGAAGUGAUUUAAAAGCUAAGAGCACAAUACAAACCUUUUUUUUCAGGCUCAAUUAGGUUCCACUUUCUGACUUUCUUCGUUUGGUUUAACGCUCCAAAGCCCUGUUGGUAAAAAUGAACUUGAUGUUGCAUUUCAGAGGAUUCCUAGGUGCUAAAGUUCACAUUUUCCAGAUGAUUACUUAUCGCCACCAUUAGAGCUGCCCAACUGUGAAGCUCUGCUCAAAAUAUCUGAGAGGGAGUGAAAGAAGCCCGUCUGCCAUCGAGCCAAGGUCCCCACAACUAUUCAAAUUUGUUUUGAUUUGUUCCCCGCUUUCCAAGCCUCAAACUUUAUCGGGUGACUUUGCAGUGGCCUUAUUUCAGCUUAUUAAUCAGUGUAUCAACUGAUAGAUGUACAGAAAAUACAUAUUUAUAAAGUGUGAUUACUUACUGGAAAUCUUCCUAAUAUUUACAAUACAAGUAGUUUUUUCCCCAAACACUGGCAGCAUUUAUAUGUAUUUGAAAUGCUUUAAUGCACAGGUUAAAACAUUGGAAUAAGGUCACUGUAAAAUGUGGCAUUGCCCUCUCUUUAUUUCUGUCUCUUUGUAUAGCGGCAUUAUAUAUACUGAGGAAGUAGUUUGUUAAUAUGUAUAAUUUAGCUGUUUUUUUUGUAAAUAAUGAGAAAGUAUUGUGAAUGAAAUUUGUUGAAUGGUUUUGGAAAAAUCAUUUAUGGCAAACCUCUCCAGGCUUUUAUAAAUGUGACUGCAGUACAUAGCAUAUUUUGUAUGUAAGACAGCAGUGUAAAGAUGAACAAGCAUUACUAGGAGCUGAUUAAACUAUGUAAAACUUGAGGAUAAUAGCAUACUGAACUUGUAAUUACUGAUGUACAUAAAAGAAUGACAGAACAUUUUUGUCUAUUAUUAAAUGUGAGAAUCCACCCA